CUUCUCCGCUCACUGGAACCAGCGCUGCCUGCGGCGGGUGAGAGGGACUACAUUUCCCGGCAGCCCGGCGCUCGGGGGGUCGGAGGCCGCAGCUCCGGCUAAUGAUCUCUAGCAGGGCAUAGUCACGUGUGGCUUCCGUUGAUCUGUUUUCCUGGGCACAGUGCGGGUCUCCCCGUCCCUCGGCUCCCCCCAUCCGGGUUCUUUUUGUCCCCAAUUCCGCUUCUUUCUUUUUUUAAUUUAUUUUUUGUUUUGUUUUUCUCUUCUUUUGGAUUCACAACGAGCCGGCCGCCCUCCCAUCCCUGUGUGUCCUCCCCGCCGGGUCACACCACCUUCCUCUUGGGUGUAUGAAAGCAUGAGCGAUAACGAUGACAUCGAGGUGGAAAGCGACGCAGACAAACGAGCACACCACAAUGCACUGGAGCGUAAGCGCAGAGACCACAUCAAGGACAGUUUCCACAGUCUGAGGGACUCGGUACCUUCACUCCAAGGGGAAAAGCGGCUCCAGCGGCGUCUUCCGGGUCCCGGCGGUCAUGUGAUCGUCGCUUCAGGGUCAGACACGCGGUCCUCCAGCGUUCCGGCUUCACGGGCUCAAAUACUGGACAAAGCCACAGAGUAUAUACAGUAUAUGAGAAGGAAAAAUCACACACACCAGCAAGACAUCGACGACCUAAAGAGACAGAAUGCACUAUUAGAACAACAAGUUCGCGCGCUGGAGAAAGCAAGAUCCAACUCUCGGCUGCAGUCAAAUUACUCUUCGUCCGACAGCAGCCUUUACACCAACCCCAACGGCAGCACCAUAUCCGCCUUUGACGGAGGAUCUGACUCAAGCUCCGAGUCGGAACCAGAGGAACCCCAAAGUAGAAAGAAACUACGGAUGGAAGAAAGUUAAAGCAAAACAAAAGCAAUAAAAGCCAGCAGCCUGUACCAAGCUUAACAUUUUCAGCCCCUCCAUAUCUCCUAAUUAGGCUCUGAUGUUUUAAGACUUCAUAAUCUUUUUCUUUUUGUUUUAUUAUUAUCAUUAGGCUAUUGGACUGCAUUUCUUUUCUAUUCCCUCGUCCAUUUAUUCCCCCCCCCCUCCCCACUUUAUUUAAUUGUUUAGAAAACAUCCACGUUUAAGAUGGAUAGAAGGUGAAACGUAAAUUGCACUUGGUGUGUUUUUCAGUUGCAUGUUGUUACCCAUAAUCCUGGUUUGCAAUUGGCCUUUGUAUGACCAGUAUCAACGAAAAAGGUGAACAAAGUAGGUUAGUAAAACCUGGAACAAAAACAUGCAAAUGUACUUGUGUUUUAUUUUUUUGUUUUUGUUUUUGUUUUUUUAUUUUGUUUCUUUGUUAUACUGAUUUAUUUAAAUUUCCUUUUAGAUGUUUUUGCAAGACCAGCUCUACCCGUGCCACAUACAAAUUCCAAAUACUUGGUGCUGCACUUCUUCUGGGUUAAACCUUGGCAUUACCAGCUUAGCAACUGUUUUGUUUUUGUUUUAAAAGCUUAUUUUCAUGUUCCAGAUUGGAAACCCAAGAAAAUGGGCAAAAUUGCUUUAGUCACAUUUGUUUACACAUUCGCGUCACGUGUCUGCAAAAAACAGUUCUCCAAUUCAAUUGAGAGUGCACACGUAUAAAUAGUGUCCACUUAGUCUGAAAACAGGGUUGUGAUUUUAUUGUGUAAUUAUUAUAAUUAUUUUUGUUUCUCCCUAUUCGCUUUUUUUUUCAAAAAUGUGAAUCGUGUUACUGCCAACCAGGAUAGACAUUGCUGCAUUCAAAGGAUUCAGUUCUUGUAGACUCAUGUAAUCUGCAUCACUAAUGAUGGUCAGGAACCUGCAGGCUGAAUGAGUUCUAGAUCCGCAAAUGCUGGGGGUUUAUACGAUUACCCUUCCUGAUUUUAAAUGUAUCAAUCUACUACUUGCAUCAGGGAUCUGACCAACUUUCAAAUUGAAAAUCCGACUGUUUGUGUUGGGGUGUUUGUGUUCCUGUACGUACUUGCCAAAUGAAGAUUAUUCUUUCUGUGAUAUCUCGUUUUGUACAUAAUGAAUAUUCGCAUCUGCUGAUCAAAGUAAGCUUCACAUUUGGCCCCUCCCCCCCAAUUAGAAUUAAGCUGAUUGAACAGAACACUUCUUAAAAAAUAUUAAAAAUACUUAAGAUUUGCUUUUAUUAUCUAUUGUACAUUUAUUCCUUUAUAUUCUGUUUAGUCAUUUGAAAACCACAAUUUGAGGGAAGAAAAGUGGUGGUGGGUUCAGACUAUUGGCAGCCUAAACUCGGUUUAGAUGAGAGCAAUUGGCUGUUCUUGCCUAUCCAGCUAAACCGCCUGUCUGUGUUGGGUGCACUCAAAAGCCCUUCUCACCCUCAUGGCAAAAUGGGCUGUUUCUGCAAUGAAUUUGACAAUCUAAUCCAUUAACCUGACCAUAAUUAAAUCCUGUCCAAUUAAACCGCCUUGUACAGCUAACCGGUGUUCCGCCAUAGCAUCACACUCCCAGCCGUAUAGGACAAACCCCCACACACUUCCAUCCAUAGGAAUGGUUUCUGCCUCCCGCUGGGUCUCUUUUGGUCAGUGCUUAGUCUUGGUUUCAGGUUAAUGUUUUCAGAGCACAAUAUAGAGCACAUGUUCUCAAACUCGGUCCUCAGGACCCCACACGGGGCAUGUUUUGCAGGUCUCCUCACAGAAUCGCAAGUGAAAUAAUUAGCUCCACCUGUGGACCUUUUAAAAUGUGUCAGUGAGUAAUUAAUACACCUGUGCACCUGCUGGGUUACCUGCAAAACAUGCACUGUGUGGGGUCCUGAGGACCGAGUUUGAGAAUCACUGAUAUAGAGUAGUGGUAGAGGUGGGAGCAGAAAACUGUAUUCUGGCUGAUCUUUUAUCUAAGAUUUUUUUGAUUAACUAUGAGUAAAUCCACCGUAAAAAAAAUAUAUUGGGAUCAGGUGCACAGAUUAUGGAACCUAAGUUGGCGUGAAAAAUGUAUUUGGCCUUUAGAACAUUCACUUUUUAAAUCCGUUGUAAUCUAGCAUAUAAUGAAAUUGGUGGCAGCUAUAAUUACAUUGUCCGAGUGGCAUCUUGGUGUAUAAGACUCUUACAGGUGUGCAUGCAGGAGAAUUAUUAGUGGACUGUGUACAGCAUUAGCCUACGUGUGUCUGUCUAACUGUUGAACGAUCACUUCAGCAUAUUUUGUCGGUGGCUGACUGCGCGGGGAAUUGCUGUCCAAUGGCAGCUAGUGGACUAGAAGUAGGCCGGGUCAGUCAUGUAGCUUUAUCCUGUAUGUUGCAGUGUUGGUGAAUAGAUAAAUUAUCAAAUUGAUCUUUUUAUUUUGUUUUGUUUUUUUGUUUUACUUUACAUUAUAUUUAGUAUGCCCGAUGAAUUUAUAAUACUUUCUAUGUUUGUUUUUAUCCCAUGGAAAUAGUAAGUAUAUUGUACAUAAGCCCAACGGCCAUCUCAAUUUAAUGCUCACCUUUACUAUAAAACUAUAAAUAAAAUCUUAUUUUAUCCUUAUAA